AACCACCUGCUCAUCGAGAAAGCAUCGGGAUUCUUUUAGUUUAUCCAUCAGUUGCCUAUUACUCGUAAGGAACGGGUGCAAGAAGAACCAGAAUGAAGAACAAUGCGACUUCCGGUCUUCCACUAUCUGUCUGUGCGUCCAUUUGCGCGCUAAUAAUCCUGAUUUCCUUCACCGAUAAUUCUUAUGCUAAACGUGGUUGUUCUGCAUUUGGACAUUCCUGUUUCGGUGGUCACGGCAAGAGAUUUGAUCCAAAUAUACGGGAGAAGAUGCUUCAAGAUGAUGAUACGAUUAUUAACAGUAGACAUCGAGAAAUAGAAGAUUUAAAUUCGCGUAAUGAAUUCGAUGUUUCUGAAAAAAAGUUUGGAGGACAGACAGAGAUACUUCCUUCUCAGAGUCGUCAAGAUUCUUCGAGAUUUAAUCCUUUCACAUUAUCCUUCAUCGUUCGACAAUGGUUGACGUCGCAUCGUCUUCAUCAACCGGACAUGGAACUUAAUAACAAAUAAACGGAUAGGAUUUCUAUUAUAUUUUGAAUUUGAAACAAAGAAUUUAAAAAACUUUAGAAAACAAACAUAAAAUGAAA